UCUGAACCAGCUGAGAGGAGCUCAGACCCGCGCGACCCCCGCGAACCAUGGCCCUGACCCGGCUGGAGAAGGCUCAGGUGUGGCUCCUGAAGGCGGUCACUGGGCUCCUGUACGCGCUGUUCUGGCUGCUGUCGCCUCGCGAGGAGGAGAAGAAGAAGAAGAAGCUGCCGCCGGUCCGCGACCCUUUGCUGCUCGCGUCUGCGACGCAGCUCGCCAAGAAGAUCCGGAGAAAAGAGGUGUCGAGUGUGCAGGUGGUGCGAGCUUACAUCGACAGGAUCCAGGAAGUGAACCCUUUUCUGAACGCUGUGAUCAAAGACAGGUUCGAUGCCGCCCUCCAGGAGGCGACGCAGGUCGACAAGCUGAUUGAGGAGGAGACCGGAGGAGAGGAGGUGCUGGAGGACCGACUGCCUUUCCUGGGGGUCCCGCUCUCGGUCAAAGAGGCCUUUGCAGUCCAGGGCAUGCCCUUCACCUCGGGCCUGAUCUCCAGGAAAGGCGUGCUGGCCACCGUGGACUCCGCUCCGGUGGCCCUGCUGAAGCGAGCGGGCGCCAUCCCGAUGGGCGUCACCAACACCAGCGAGCUGUGCAUGUGGUGCGAGUCCAACAACCACCUCCACGGCAUCACCUGCAACCCGUACGACUUCGACAGGAUCCCGGGAGGAAGCUCAGGUGGAGAGGGCAGCAUACUGGGAGGAGCCGGCGCCGUCAUCGGCAUCGGCUCCGACAUCGGCGGCAGCAUCCGCAUGCCCUGCUUCUUCAAUGGGAUAUUUGGCCAUAAAACCACACCUGGCGUGGUGUCGAUAGAGAACCACUACCCUUCUGCCUCCGGAAGACAAGCCGAGUACUGCAGCGGCGGCCCCAUGUGCCGCUACGCCGAGGACCUGCUGCCGAUGCUGAGGAUCAUGGCGGGACCUAACGCUUGCAUGUUGUCCUUGGACAGGAAGGUCGACCUGAAGACGCUGCGGUUCUUCACCGUCCCUCACGACGGCGGCUCCGCGUUCACGUACCCGGUCAGCAGAGAGCUCGUCGACAUCCAGAGGAAGGUGGUGGAGCGCCUGGAGGCCGACCUCGGAGUGGCCGUCCAAGAAGUGCGUUUCCACGAGCUCCGCUACGGCUUCCAGAUCUGGGAAACCUACAUGGGUCUCCCCGACAAGGAGGGCAAGCCUCCGAAGCUAUUUUCUGAGAUGAUCGGGGAACCCGGGCAGCCAGUGUGGCCGGUUUGGGAGCUGCUGAAAUGGACCGUGGGCAAAUCGGAGCACACCAUGGCGGCGAUCGGUUUGGCCCUGAUGGAGAUGGCCCGUGCCACCAAACCCUCGGCCUUCAUCAUUCAGCAGAAGGAGAAGCUGCAGAAGGAGAUGGACGAGCUGCUGGGCACCGACGGGGUUUUUUUCUACCCCUCUCACCCGAGGGUGGCUCCCAAGCACCACCACCUGCUCUUCCGUGCCACUGACUGCGCCUACACGGGUGUACUCAACAUCCUCGGGCUGCCGGUCACCCAGUGCCCGCUGGGUCUGAGCCAGGAAGGUCUGCCCAUGGGGCUGCAGGUCGGCGCCGGGAAGCUGCAGGACCGCCUGACCCUCGAGGUGGCGCUCUACCUGGAGAAGGCGUUCGGGGGCUGGAGGGACCCCGGGGCCGACUGAAACCAAACGCCGUUCCCAAAACCACCGGGCGGGAGCCAGAGUGGUAAUCGGCCACCGGCCUCGCCCAAUCGGAUCACUGAAUGUUUAAACGAGUUUGCACUAACGAGUUGGUUAUUUUAUCAUUUACUCGGAUGAUUGCAUCACAAGUACAAUAUUUGUUUUGGGUAUAUCAGUGGAGAUUAAACAUUGACGUUUACUGACUGAAUAUCUAACACACGCUAACGCCCGUAUUGACGCGGAGUUCACGAGUCGGUAGUUUGUUAGAGCGCGCCUGAAUGCAUCGCAAUGGCAAUUCAUCAAGCGUGGAGCUUUGUGCUGCAGCUUGAUUUCAUUUAAUAAUAAAUCUGAAUAAAGAAAAUAAACCUG